AUGGCAUUUUCAUAUCUAAUCAGUACAAAGUUAGAGGUGUCAAUGAUUAUUGGAAAAGGUCUAUUCAUAAAUCACUCACUGUUCAUAUCUAUCUAUCUAUCUAUCUAUGCUUACACAAUAUCUAUCUAUCUAUCUAUCUAUCUAUCUAUCUCAGCUUUACACACUGUUAAUAUCUAUCUAUCUAUCUGUCUGUCAAUCAGUCUCAGCCUUUUCAUAUGCAUCUAUCACCCUGAUCAAAUCUAUCUAUCUAUCUAUCUAUCUAUCUAUCUAUCACUGGAUUUUCAAUUCUUUCUAUUUGUCUAUCUGUUCGUCAGUGACAGCAUCUAUCUAUCUAUCUAUUCAUCUAUCUAUCUAUCUAUCUAUCUAUCUGUCUGCCUGUCAGUGUUAGCCUUUUCAUAUGCAUCUAUCGCCCUGUUCAAAUCUAUCUAUCUAUCUAUCUAUCUAUCUAUCUAUCUAUCUAUCUAUCUAUCUAUCUCAGCCUUUUCAUAUGCAUCCAUCACCCUGAUCAAAUCUAUCUAUCUAUCUAUCUAUCUAUCUAUCUAUCUAUCUAUCUAUCUAUCUCGGUCUCGUUCUAUCUUUCUCUCUAUCAAAAUGUAA